AUGUAUUACUUGUGCUAUCAUGUUUCCUUUAUUGCAAUAUUUUCUCUAACAAAAGCAUUUGGAAAGGAACUUAUGGAAGCCUCAGGUAAAAGUUUUUUAGAGCCUGUAAGUAGCUCUUUGAUCAAUUUCAAAAAUGUGGAAUUAGAGAAUGUGGAAGAUGUAGACUUAGAAAAUGCGGAACAUGUAGAAUUAGAGAAUGCAGAAGAUAUAGAAUCAGAAAAUGCAGAUGUUGUAGAAUUGGGAAAUGCAGAUGUUGUAGAAUUAGAUCAACUCUCAGACUUAGCUGAAGCACAUUUCAACAGUUAUGCUAAAGCCGCUAGUUUUUCAUUACAUCAGAAAAGAGUAAUAAUCAACAAUGAUAGUGAAGUUAGAUAA